AUGCCGCAGCAUCAACGACACCAGCCUCUCAACUGGUCUGGCAUUACCUUUGUCAACCUAUCACACCGAGAUGACAUUCGACAACGUGAUAUCCAGAACGGCAUUCACCGCCAUGUGAUGGCGGGUGUUGGCCGAUUGCGGCGGGAAAAGCCACGACAUGUCGUCAUUACUCUAGAGAUCAUGGCACCCGAAGCAAACAAAGGUGGUUUCCAGCCUCGAGAGCCUAUCGCGUCGGAAUCAGAGUAUAUAAAUCAUCCCUUCCAUAGGAUAUGGGUCCGUAUGGGCUUCUCUGACCCCACUGCCUUGUAUCUUUCCAUGGGCACUACGUUGCUGCUCUGGAAUCGCAAGAACAGCAUCCCUACACUCAAAAUUACCGACGACAUGGAACCUAAGAGAUACUACACCAAGGCCCCUAAGGAUAUAUCGGCACGCUUGAGCGACCCCUUCGACCACAAGAGUGCGGGAGUUAUAGCAACCAUUAUCGGAUGUCUCUGCCACGAUGUCAGUAGUAUCCGUUUCGCCUGCAUUUCCUUGUUCUCACCACUUGAGAUAUAG